AGGUUUGUCGCCGGUAUGAUAUAUUGUGGAAUAAAUCUUAAUUCUGUGGACAUGACUGGAAACCGCUAUAUAAUCUUCCUGUUAUUAGCUUUCGUGGAAUUUCCUUCUCUUUUUGCUGCUUACUGCUUGUUUAAACGUUUUGACCACCGGAGGCCCAUUUGUUUCUUUCUGAUGUUCAGUGGAUUAAAUUGCAUCGUGUCAAAUUUUGUAACCAAAGGUUCAUUCUGGUUUCCUCUGAUCCUGGUCCUCCUCGGAAAGUUUGGAAUCACCUCGGCAUAUGGUUCAAUUUAUCUGUUAUCAGCAGAAUUAUUUCCAACAGUUGUGAGAGCCAACGGAUUAGGUUUUGCUUCGUUUUUUGCCCGUAUCGGUAGCAUAAGCGGACCUUUCAUACUUCAACUAUCAUCCUAUGUCAAAUGGCUUCCUCUAAGUAUCUUCGGCCUUUUGGCAGUGAUAGCGGGAUUACUGUUGCUGUUAUUACCAGAAACAAAAAAUAGAGAUUUACCGCAAACAUUUGAAGAUUUGGACAACUGGAAGAGCUGAUAUUGUGGUAAAACAAGAAACUUUCACUAUGGAAAUAAACGUAGAAUGCAUCCGACAACAAAAUGUAUCGGAGAAUUUCAGUUUCAAAAUUUGUCCGCCCUUCAUAUUUUACGAUUGAAAAUAUUGAAGACAAAAUCGAUUGAUUCAUUGUUAAUUUGUAACUCGUGUUCGAACGUUCCACAUACUGACUUUGCUCACGUGAUACAAUGCAACGCGGUAAGGGAAUCAACUACAUU